GGAACUGUUAUCCUGACUUGACAAGUCGGGCCAGUUGUCAACAAACAAAAACCAGAACUGAAUAAUAAUUUUAAAUGAACUCGAUAGGUUUUAAUGAGCGUUUAUUUUUAUUAUAAACUAAUCUGUACAAUCAAUUAAACUCUAACGUUAUCAGUUUUGUGUCACGAUCGAUUAUCUAAGCAAUAAGUACCUAGAUACAAUACAACAAAACCGAAUUCAUAAUACCUAUAGGUGAGAUUUAUCGAAAAGAAAUACCUACCUAGUUUGUUGAAAUAUUUAGUUGAAAAGAAAAAAAUAAAAAAUGAGGUUAGUAAUUAAAGAAGAUUAUAACGAUGUAAGUGAAUGGGCUGCUAAAUAUAUAACGAAAAAGAUAAAUGAUUUUAAACCGGGUCCAGAUAAACAUUUUGUUCUUGGAUUGCCUACAGGCGGUACUCCACUGGGAAUGUAUAAAAAAUUGAUAGAGUUUCACAACGAUGGCAAAGUCAGUUUUAAAUACGUCAAGACGUUCAACAUGGACGAAUACGUCGACAUCCCGAAGGACCAUCCCCAAAGUUACCACUAUUACAUGUGGAACAACUUUUUUAGAAAAAUAGAUAUACUGCCCUCUAACGUCUUCAUACCCGACGGUAACGCGCAAGAUCUGCAAGCCGAAUGCGACAAGUACGAACAAAAGAUGAGCGAAUUCGGCGGCGUCGAUCUGUUUGUAGGAGGAAUUGGACCGGAUGGGCAUAUAGCUUUCAACGAACCUGGUUCGUCUUUAGCCUCGCGCACGAGAGUCAAAACUUUAGCGCAAGACACUCUCAGAGCUAACGCACGAUUUUUCGAUAACGACAUUGAACGGGUACCUAAAAAGGCGCUUAGCGUCGGUGUAGGUACUGUCAUGGAUUCUAAAGAGGUAAUGAUUCUGGUGACGGGCUCUGAAAAGGCUUUUGCUUUAUACAAAGCUGUAGAAGAAGGUAUUAAUCAUAUGUGGACUGUAUCUGCGUUCCAGCAACAUCCUCACACUGUCAUAGUAUGCGAUGAAGAUGCUACUUUAGAAUUAAGAGUAAAAACUGUCAAAUAUUUUAAGGGUCUACCACAAACACUGUCUGGCAAUGCAGGGUCUUAGCUGCAAUCCUCAAUAAACCGACAACCAAUAAAAUUCAAGGAAGUUUGUUAACUCUGCCAAUUUUAUAAUUUUGGGGGACAUUAAAGGUCUCUUGUACAGUGCCAACAAAAAAUGCAAUAUUUUGUGUUUUUGCCCAUAGAAAUUUUAUUUAAAAAAAUAUAUAUCAAAAUAUGGGAAUGGGAAAUUUAAGUGGGGGAAUUACAAAGAUGCCUUUCAACUCGUGAGUAGAGUAUACGACGAAUUAGUGUGACGUCAUUAAGUCAAACAAAUACAAACAUAAGGGGUGAUCGUUUAUUCAGGGAUUAGGGUGGAAUUUUUAGUGUUUAAAAAUUUUUAUUGGUUGUUAAAAUGUAUUCAUAUGUUCGCUUUAUUUUUUAUUGUAUUAAUUUUGAUUGCUUUUAGAGAGUUCAGCCUUUGAUUAAAGGCAUUGGGCCAAAAUAAUUUUAAAAUACAGAAUGUUCAUUUAUAAUUAUCGUCAUUUUUUAUUAAGUCUUUAUUUUGUAGAUAGAGGUAAAUCAGAUUUAACGUUACAAAAUAUGAGAUAAUUUUUUGAAUGUAGAACAUUUUGAAGUUGUAUGCAAUACGGAACGUUCCGCAUAUUAAAAAAUUAGAAAUACAAAAUGGCGGAUCCAAUAUGGCGUUCGAAAAUAUUAAAAUUUGCUUGUUUUGCAUUAAAAUGAAAUCUCAAGGGGGUUUGGUGUCGCUGAUUUUGAAUAUGACAUUAAAAAUAUCAAAUAGAAAAUGGCAGAUCCAAUAUGGCGCACAAAAACAAAUUAAAAAUUGCGUGUUUUGCAUAAAAAUUAAACCUGCGGAUUUAUAAGGGGGUUUGAGAUCACUGACUUUGAGUAUGACAUUUAAAAUUGGAAAUACAAAAUGGCGGAUCCAAUAUGGAGAAAAUAUUAAAAUUUGCUUGUUUUGCAUUAAAAUGAAAUAUGAAUAAAUUUUGAGUAUUGCUGAUUUUGAAUAUGACAUUAGAAAUGUCAAAUAGAAAAUUGCGGAUUCAAUAUGGUGCCAGAAAAUAUUAAAAAAUGCUUGUUUUGCUUAAAAAUUAAGCCUAAGGGGAUUUUGAUGUUACUAAUUUUGUGUAUGACAUUAAAAAUUGGAAAUACAAAAUGGUGGAUCCAAUAUGGAUUCCGAAAAUAUUAAAAUUUGUUUGAUUUUCAUUAAAAUAAAACCUGAAGUGGUUUUUGGGAUCGCUGAAUUUGAAUAUGACAUUAAAAAUAUCAAAUAGAAAAUAGCGGAUUCAAUAUGGCGCCCUAAAAAAUAGCUUGUUUUGCUAAUAAAUUAAACCUAGAAGGCUUCUAGGGGGUUUUUGAGGACACUGUAUUUGAAUAUGACAUUAAAAUUGGAAAUACAACAUGGCGGAUCCAAUAUGGCGCUCUAAAAUGUUAAAGUUUGCUUGUUUUUUGUAUUAAAAUGAGGCCUGAAAGGGUUUUUAAGAUCUCUGAUUUUAAAUAUGACAUAAAUAAGAAUUGCAAUAUGGCGUCAGAAAAUUUUAAAAAAUGCUUGUUUUGCAUAAAAAUUAAACCUGGGGAGUUUUAAGAGGUUUUUGAUAUUACUAAUUUUGUGUAUGACAUUAAAAAUUGGAAAUACAACAUGGCGGAUCCAAUAUGGCGCUCCAAAAUAUUAAAGUUUGUCUGUUUUAGAUUAAAAUAAAACCUGAAGGGGUUUUGAGGUCGCUGAUUUUGAAUAUGACAUAAAUUAGAAAUGCAAAAUGCCGGAUCCAAUAUGGCGCCAGAAAAUAUUAAAAAUAGCUUGGUUUGCAUAAAAAAUAAACAUAGAGGGUUUCUAUGGGGGUUUUGAAGUCACCGAUUUCGAAUAUGAGAUUAAAAAUGGCGCCUAAAAUUAUUAAGUUGUUUUGCAUAAAAAUGAAACCUGGACAGCUUCUAAGGGGUUUUCCAGAAAAAUAUGUCAAAAAUAGUCUAAUUUAUGGCGAAUAGGGUAGAACUAUUGAAUAAAAAAUACGUGUAAGAGCAAUUAUAUCACUUUUUACACAUAUUCCAAGGACUUUUUUGCAUAUCAACCCUUUCGGCGACAGUGCUAUGUGCCUAUUCCUAGAUGAAGCAGCCAUACACUAAUGACAUAAAAAUCCACUAAUUUGUUAUUUCUGGCACCUCUGUACUUUUUUCAAUGAAUCUAUAACCUACCCUAUUAAAAAAUGACGAUAUUUUUUUAUGAAACAUUCUGUGAAGGUUUUUAUUAUAACAAUGAUAUUUAGAUUUGUUUUUAAGUCUGGCACUUUUUUAUUAAGUUAUUUUAAUAAUGAUAGGAGUCUUUAACAAUAUCCAUCUCCCACGUGAUGUAAUAAAACAAGAAAUUUAAUGAAAAUGGUCUUUCUUGAUGACUUUUAAUGACCAAUUAUGUCAAAUAGAUUAGUAACAUUAAUGACUACUGAAGUCAUUAAUAUUACUUUAAGCCAAUUGUAGAAAUUAAUUGAGUCAUGAGAGAGAUGUUGUUUAAGAUUCUAUAUCUACUUUUUUUUAAACUUUCUUGAGCUCUCUGCAUUUUAUACUCAAACGAUGGGUGCUUAAGGGAGAGGUCAAUUAAAUAAUAGUAUUAUAUAAAGUAUACAUUAUAUUAAAUAUAAUCACAUGUAUUAUUUUACAUUCCAAUUUUUGUAACAAUAAACUAUGAUUUUAUAGAUAAAUACAUCUUUCCUUUCAACGUUUGUUUAACGGGGUUGAUUUUUUUCAAAAUCUGGGUCAUAAUAUUCACGAGUUGUUCGCUAGACAGUCCAGUUUUCUUUGAUUUGAACUUCUGCAAUAAUUCCGUGGUGGUCAUUGGUUUUCUCAUUAGAUACUUCCUGACUGCAUCUUCAGUAAUACCAGAUUCAUUUGAACCUGAUAUAUAAUUUGGCAUGUCCAUUUUGACUUUUUUAGGACUUGGUCCUGCCAAUGCAUCAUUGAUUAAUUUCCUUUUGUUGUCUGUAGGGGUGGCGGAUCGAGAGCUGUUCCCACUGCUGAUUUCUUUUUCAUCUUUUUUAACUUUCUUUUCAGUUUUCUUCUUUGAUUCAUCAUCAGAGCUGCUGUCUGAACUGAAAUCUUUAUUUUCUUCAGCUUUAGUUUCUUUUUUUACUUCUUUUUUCACAUCUUUCUUGUUCUUCUUCUUUUUCUUCUUUUUUUCCUUUUCCUCUGCUUCUUCCUUCUUUUCCGCCUCGUUUUCUUCAUCAUCGUUGCUUUGUUCUUUGUCUGAUUUAUCAGAAUCAUCAUCAGUUUCUUCAUCGGAGUUUAGAAGUUUUCUGAGUGCUUUUUCUUCAGAUACCCCAUCGAGAUUUACGUUUUCUGGUUCACUGUCGCUGCUAUCGCUGAUGUAAUCGAGUUCUCGUCCUUCACCAUCUCCAUCAUCAGAGUCUUCAAAAGCUUCGGCGUCUGUAUCGCGUUUUUUGUUCUUUUUAGGAGCAACUUUCUUUGUUUUUUUCUUCUUUUCUUCCUCUUUCUCUUCUUUUUCUUCCGCUUCUGAUGAAUCUUCAUCUGAUGUCUCCAUCCAUUCAUCCAUUUCGGAAAUCUUUAGUUCUUUAUCUUUCUUUGAUGUUGAUUUUUUUCCUUUUUCUUCACCUUCAUCUAAGUCUACAUCAUCCUCGCCUUUGAGACGUUUUCUUAACAUGAGAGAGAAGUAAUUUAAAUGUUUGUCUCUCUUAUUGAACUCUAGUUCUGCUUCUUCGGCUGACAAAGCUUUGUAUCUUUGGAUGGGUUGAAAUUUGUACCAUUCUUGUAGAGGAAAAGCUUCAAUAGCACCGUCUUCUGCAUGGGUAAACACAUAGUAAGCUGUAUUAUUAGAUACACCACCUUCUCGAAUACCUUUAAAUUUCUUAACUGUGCUACCAAAUGAUUUUAGUAUCCACGGUUGAUCAUCUGCUUUGUAUUUUCUCGCUAUGAUCCCCAAUUUUUUGCGCCUGGCUUCUUCCUUGGCUUCUCGACCGAACUCUGAACCAGCUCCAAAUUUUGGUAUAUCUUCGUCUGCCCCUUUAAAUUCUCUCAUGUUAUUUUCUCUUUCCAUACUCACUUUUGUCCAUUUCGCAAAAUCCACGUCUAAAGUGCCGUUAAAUCUCAUUACAUGGUACUUUUUCUGCGUAUGUUUGGGAACUCUUAUGGAAAAUUCCUGAACAUUAAUGGGGGCUGAUGGUAGGGCAGCUCCGGCAGUAGACGUCGUUGCCAUGGUAUGAAAUUCCAGUUUUACACUUACUCUACGAAUUAAUUACUUUCUUUUUGCUCAAAAAUUAUAAAAAUCUGUUACAUUGAACAAUAGAAAUAGAAAGGUUAUUUAUUAUUGAACGUCACUUUUAAAACGGCAGGGUUGCCAUAAUCAUGACA